AGCCGUUUAGGCCCUGCUUGGGUUUGAAGCCAUGGCGAAGCUGGUGAGAUCAGGGACGCGCACCAAGGAGGAGGUCGAGGAAUGGAUUUGCAAAGAGUGUGAGGGAGUUGUUGCUGCUCCAGAGGUGAGCGGUUGGGAGGCCACGAAGCAGGUGGGUCGCACCAUCAUGUCCCUUCUUGGAGGCGGAGCAGAAACAGCCAAGGUUGCCACAGAUAGCUUUUACGGCCUGACUGGCCGACUGCUUUCUGGGGAGCAAGUAAGCUUUGACAUGUUCAAGGGCAAAGUGCUGCUGGUCGUAAAUGUGGCAACCAAAUGAGGUCUGACGAAGCAGAAUUAUGCUGAACUAUCUGAGCUUUGCAGUGGGCUAAUUGAUGAACCCUUUGAAGUGUUAGCUUUCCCUUGCAACCAGUUUGGAAAGCAGGAGGAGGGGACCAGCGAGCAAAUUAGCGACUUCAUUUCAGGCAAAUUGACAAAGUCAAACUUUACCAUCUUCGAGAAGUGCCAUGUGAAUGGCCCGCAUACGCAUCCGGCCUGGCACUUCUGCAGGUACAAUGCUGAUGCUACGCGUACAGGAACCAAGAAGAUGCUUCCCAUUCCAUGGAACUUUGCCAAAUUUGUCAUUGACCGCGACGGUCAUGUGCUCAAGUACUACUCACCAAAGGUACCUCCUUCCGACAUCAAGCCGGACAUCCUGGGGCUUUUGUCUGGCAGCCUCCAGGCCAAUCCCCCGCAACCACCAACGAUCAAGCCGGAGGAUGCACCUCCAGGCUUCCUGGCAAGGACGAGCUAACCGCACGGCCAGUGACCUUAGGUCAUUUUAGCCUCAGUUCGCCACUGGCAACACACAUUCGCGUUGGCUCGUGGCCUGUUUUCCUAUUUUCAAAUUUUCGCCAAUGCGCUUCACCCAAGCAAUGGCACUUGCAGCAAUGCUUCCCAUCAACUUGUGAAGGUGCUAGGUGACCUGCAGACGGCUGCAUCCGGCCACAGCCUCCAUUUUGGCUCGAAAGGAUGCAAUUUGCCAAGUCAUGCAGUGAGAAGCAUCGGAUCAAGAUUUGAUGGAGAGGCUGUUGCAACAGCACUCUUUUGCGCAGAUCGCGAACAAUAGCAUUGAGAAGGUGAUUUGGACUGACGGAAUCAUUGGGAAAGACAUCACCGAUGCUCACAUUGACUUCUAUGCUCGGUUCACCUCCCCUGGAGUCGUGGUAGCUGCCCGGGAGAACGACAACACCAUCUACGAUUACCAGGUGACUCGUCAAGUCAUUGCAGACCUUCAACAAGCUACGGACGCAAAAGGUCGCCGGCUGACGGUGCACAUUUUGGACAACCCUGAAACUAUUCGGCCAGAGUGGAGUUCGGGAGCAGCCGCCGCGGGCUUUGCAGCCAGCUACAUCAACUACUAUGUUGGCAACAAGGUGGUGGUUGCACAGAACUUUGGAGACAGCCUGACGGAUGCAGCUGCUGUCGCCAAGCUUCAGGAGCUUUACCCCGGCCGAACUGUGGAGAGUUUGAAUGUAGAUCCCAUUGCCUUUGGAGGUGGUGGAAUCCAUUGCUCUACGCAACAGCAACCUGUGGGCAUCACCGAUCUAAGCAGCCCUGGCAACUCAGAUGGUGCCGGUGUGAGCAGAAGUCCAAAGCAGACUUCAAUGCCGCAUUUGUUUCUUCUUGUUUUCUGUGGGCUUUUUGGAAUCAUCAAAUAUCUGUAGAUUGUGACGGGAUUGCAAUUGCAAGAAUUCGCUGCAGAAA